AGCACACAGCUAGCUUUGUGGCGUAACUCGCGAACGAGCUCCUUCAUCACUGGAAGGAGAGAGCCGCAUCCCCCAAAUCAGAGUGGGACAGCGAGAAGAGAUGGCCUUCGAGGACCCUAAGUUUCCGGUCACAGACCCGGCGCCGGGCAUGGGGACGGUGUUCGGCAACUUGAAUGCGACGGAUGUUGCGACUGUAGUGGUGGCUACGGCGGGCUCGGCAGCAUGGUGCUUCAAGGGAGUCAAAGGGGUUCGCGGACCGAACGCAGUAGUGGGAGCCAGUCUGGGUUUGAUGGGGGGAUUGAUGUUGGCCGGUCAGAGCUCAUUCGGACGGCUCACGGGGCAGCGGAAGUGAAGACACAUGUAUUUGUUUCGGAACCAGGGUGUUUUAUGGCGGUGGACAAGCUGGCGGCCAAUGGAAGCCAUGAAGGGGGGGGGUUCUCGCGGGACAACUAUAUUUGUUAGAGAAAUGAGUCAAACCCGGGAGAGUCACCAGAAUGUCCCCGGUCGUUCAGACCGUUCUUGAUUCAGCGUCCAGUGGUAGGCGACACCAUUAUUUUUCUUCGUUUUGCAUCAGUCUUACCUGAUAAGUGGAGCGGGGGGCCAAGCUACUCGGAAGCAACCAGCUUCCCUUGGUUUUUGCAGUCUAUGCUGCGUAGAGUGCCACGCAUGGUCAAUCAAGCGUUGCUGGAAGGUUAUGUAUCUGUCUUUGCUGGCUUGCAUGGGCAUCAGCGGCAAGGCGAUAGGAUGGAGAAGAUAGUGGAGGUGGCGGAACCUUGGGAGCAUGUGGUAGCAGCCAACGCCGAUUGCUUGUCUGCGAAGCAGCGACGGUGGUCGCCAAGACGUGCAAGACUUGUUUCUGUCUGGCCACUGUGUUGACACCAAGUUUUCCUGGGGCAUGACAACGUGUUGUCCGCAGAGGGAUUGGGAAUUUUCUCUCCCGUGGCCGAUUUUUUCCGCGCGUCCUUUGUUGAGUUUUUAUGUUGGACCGCGGAUUAUUAUUGCUCAGGGUUGUCUUUUUUCGCCCAUCGUGACAACGGAGGAGAUGCGGGUAGCAAAAAUAAUUUCAGCUCUUUUGCUAAGAAUAAUUGCAGCCCAUCGAAGGGGCAGGCGUG